GGAGCUCCUGCCUGGCCUGGCUGGGUCCUUCCUGCCUUCGGACCUGGAGCCGGGCUUGGACAGCCUCCUGCGAGGCAUUGCCAAGGCGGGUCUCUUCCCCAACCUGAUUCUGCUGGACCCAGCUGUGACUGCCCAGACCCUACGCUUGGCUCUGCCUCCCACCUGGACGUCCCAGUCUUCAACCCCAGUGACCUGGUACCCAGCCCAAGGCCCCCCCGAGCCCCCUGCCUCCUGGUUCCCAGCCCUGUGGCAAUUCCUGGCUCGCCACGUGGAAGACCUAAGACCUCUGGAGGGGCUCCCUCUCAUCCCUCUGUCCCCACUGGAUGCCCCCAGCAUCCGUCUGGCUCCGCUGAUACCCGAGUCCAGUCUUAUCUUCCAGGCAUGGGAGGACCAGUGCCUGCCACCUGCUGUGGCCUCUGUCCUGGAGGCCCUGGGUUGCUCAGUGGUGCCGCCGGGCACGUGGCACCGCUCCCUGUCCCGCUAUGUCCUGCCUCCAUCUCCCCUCAAUGCCCUGCAGGCCCUGGGCAGGCGGGGGGCUGCAACUGUGGCCUCCCACCUGGCCUCGCUGCCUGCUGCGGAUGUGGUCACCCUCCGGCUGUACCUGGCAGACAUCCCGUCCCUGACAAUGAAGGACAGGGCCACACUGGCCACUCUGCCCCUCUUCUUCCCACUGCCCUGCUUGGCCACCCCGCAGCCCUUGGAGCUGGUACCGGCCGGUGCCACCCCAGCGCUGGAGCCAGAGUUGGAGCUGCCCAGAGACGUGGUGCUGCCAGAGGCCAUGUUGCAGUGCCGGGAUGAAGUUGACCGGCAGCUCCUGGGGAGGCUCCAGACGUCCUUCAUCAGUGCAGCCAACACGGCGCUGAAGGCCGUCAGCGCCGUGUCCCAGGGCGCCUAUGCAGGGCGGGCAGCCGAGACACAGGCUCUGAUGCUCUGGGUGCUGCAGCAUGGAAAUGUCCUCUUUGCACAGAGCCCGUCGCUCCAGAAGGCCUGCAGCAGCCUGGCCUUCCUGCAGACCCCCAAUGGUCCUGCAUGCCCGCGAGACCUCUACGACCCCCGCGAGAGCAUCUUACAGGCACUGCUGGGCCCUGAGCGCUUUCCUCCUGCUGCCUUCCACAGUCCGCCUGUCCUCCAUGCCUUGAGAGCCCUGGGCUUGCGGCACGGUGAGGGGUGCCUGGCACCUUCGGACAUCCUACAGGCUGCAGCAAGUGUGAGUCAAGGUGACGCAGCAGCUCUGGACAGGGCUCAGGCACUGAUCAAGGUCUGCAACUGCCCCAAGGCACUGGCUGGCUUCAGCGCUGCAGAUCUUAGGCAACUCCAGGCCCUGCCGUGGGUGCCUCGUUCCAAGUGCACUGGAAACCCUGGGCAGCCCUUCCUGCCCCCCAAGGAGCUGCGGUCCGCCCAGUACCAGCCCCUCGUGGGGCUUGCCAUGCACCUGACUGCUGCCUUUGUGCCAGAGGCAGAGAAGCAGCUGGGGCUGAGCCAGACCCCACCGCCAGAGAGAGUGUGGGAGCAGCUGAGGCAGCUGGCAGCAUGCAAGGACAUGGGUGAGGUAGGUCCCGCGCUCCGGCCUGUCUACCAGCACAUGCAGGAAAACUUGAGGACCUUUGGGACUGCCCCGGACGAUGCUGUGGUGUGGACCGGGGCUGGGUUUGUCCUGCCAUGUGAUGCCGUGCUGGGCUAUCCUGAGGGGCUGGAGCUGGGGAUGCUGGUGCCCCUGGUGCCCCCUGACUUCCUACCUUACAGCUGCCUCUUCAGGGCUUGGGGGGUGGAGGCGAGGGUGAGUGAGGAGAGGGCAGUUGCAGCCCUGCGCUGCCUGGGGCAGGACAUAGACACACGCAGCUCCAGAGCGGGCACUGCAGCAGAGUUGGAGGUGGCUGUAGCUGUCCUGGAGUGGCUUAAGAGGCAGGGGCACCAGGGUGAGGGCACAGUGCCGGUUCCUGUGAGGAUCCUGGAAGGCUCAGGCUUUGCCCUCCGCCCGGCUGCCUCUACCGUGUACCUGGACAUGGAGCUGGAGGCAGAGGAGGAUGUUCAGGACGUGGUGCAUGAGGCAGUGCCAUCCAGCACAGCCAUAUUCCUUGGCACGGAGCUGCUCAGUACACGGGUGCUGGGGCUGGAGCCAUUCAUGGCCUGCGGCCCCUCAGAGCCCAUCACAUUACGGCUUCGCAACAUCCUCCGGGAGUACGGUGAGGAGGGCGACCUCUUCACAGAGAUGGUCCAGAAUGCAGAGGAUGCCGGAGCUACUGUGUGCUCCUUCCUCCUGGACCUCCGACGCUGCAGAAAGGCCACCUCUGGGCUGCUAGACCCCGGCAUGGCUGCCUGCCAUGGCCCAGCCCUCUGGGCCUACAACAAUGCCCUGUUCACCGAGGAUGAUCUCCGUAACAUCACACGGAUUGGGGCUGCUACAAAGGAGGGCCAGGCAGACCGGAUCGGCCGCUUUGGGCUGGGCUUCAGCUCUGUCUACCGUGUCACAGAUGUGCCAGCAGUGCUGAGUGGGGAGACACUGCUCAUCUUCGAUCCCAAUGGCACCCAUCUGGGCAAGCGCAUCCCCAGGGCCGACUGCCCUGGCAUCCGCCUGGACUUCUCCAGCCGACCACGCAUUCUCCGUGCCUUUACUGAGCAGUUCUGGCCCUACAAUGGUAUCUUUGGGUGCCGCCUGCCUGAGCCAACACCCUUUCCAGGGAGCCUUUUCCGCCUGCCUUUUCGCACUGAAGAAGAAGCUGUGAAAUCACAGAUUUGCUCAGAGGCCUUUGGUACAGAGCGCAUCCAGUCCCUUGGCACCAACUUCCUCGGUUCUAACCGUCUCCUGCUGCUCUUCCUGCGGAGGGACGCCCGGUUCCUGCACCAGGCUGUGGUCAGGCACCCCAAGCUGGGUGCCAUGGCAAAGCGUGUCUUUGCCGCUACCCUGCCCCAUCCCCUGUUAGCUGUGGCCUUGCCAGAGCAGGUGCAGAGGGGCCUCGGGAAGGCAACAGAUGCUGGCACCUAUGACUGGCCCCGCUUUUACUGUGAGCUUGUGCUUCCCAACUUGGAAGACCUGUCUGUUGUUGACCGGGACCCACUGCUUCUCCAUGCACUGGAUAUGUCCCAUGAUGAUGUGGACAAAGAUGGGCGCUUCCCCACUGGGGAUGCCUUCCUUUCCUCAGAAAGACUAAGCCGUCUGGAGAGGUUGGGCAUGGUUAAGGACACAGUGACCCUGCCAGAGCUGCUGGAGCGGGCAAAGACAGUCCAGCUUCUAUGGACCGAGGACCAUGCCCAGGGCUGCCAGAGGGCUGCCUGCAUCCUUGAGCUGCUUCAGGAUGCAGUGGAGGAAAGGGUGAACAAUACCAUGCAGGCAGCUUUCCAGACUGUGCCCUUCCUCCCUGGUACACUGCCCACUGGCGAACAUGUGCUGUUGCCAGCUGCCCAGCUCUACCAUCACACCUGUGCUCCACUAGUGGGACUCAUCCGCCCUAUCUUGGCUCCUGAAGUGCUGGGAGAAAAAUUCAGCCUCCCCAAGGAUGUUGCAUCCUUCUUGGGGCUGGACCGGCAGCUACCAGCAGCUACAGUCCUUGAGCAGCUGCAGGCACUGAGCUGUAGCUCCAACGCUCUCCCUUUGGAGCACCUGCAGAACAGCGCCAACUGCUGCUACAGCUACCUGCACAUGUUGCUCCAGAGAGAUCACUCCAGCUGGGAUGAGGUGGCUUCUGCAGUGACCCAAGGGGAGCCCUUCAUCUUGGUGGACUCCCACUUUGUGCCAGUCAUGGCUGUGGCUGAGAAGUUGUCAUUUGAGGCUGUCCCAUAUCUUCACCAGCUCCCAGAGCAGUACCGGCCCUACAGCCAACUCUGGAAGUGUGUGGGGCUGCGCCACACGUUCACCUGGGAUGAUUAUGCCCAAGCGCUCUGCAUGCUGGCAGAGAUGCAUGCUGGAGAGCCGCUGCCUACCGCGGAGCUGGCUCUGGCCUUGCGGCUGGUGUCUUGUGGCUUGAUGGCAGAUGACAAAAAGCCAGAUGCCUAUCAGACCCAGCAACUCUUUCUACCUGACCAGGAGGGCAUUUUGCGUCCACGGGACAAGCUCCACUUCAAUGAUACGCCAUGGAUGCCAGUGGGCAGAGAUGUCCUGCUGUGCCAUGAGAAGCUGUCCCGAGCCACAGCCCUGCACUGUGGGGUGCCUACCACACGCCACCAGGCACUGGAGAGGAGCCGACUGCUCACUGCAGGUCUGAGCUGCUGGAUGCAGCCAUUUGGUGCCCAUGAAGACUUGACUACACGGCUGAAGAACAUCUUGGGUGAGUACAGAGCAUGUACUCGUGAUAUAGUGACAGAGUUGCUCCAGAAUGCGGACGAUGCUGGUGCGGGGCUUGUGCACUUUGUGUGGGACCGCCGGCAGCACCCAGUGCGUGCCACUUUCAGUGAGGACUGGAACAUCCUGCAGGGCCCUGCCCUCUGCAUCUACAAUGACAGCCCCUUCCAGCAGCAGGACAUUGAAGGCAUUCAAUGUCUGGGGGUGGGUGGCAAGCAAGACCGGCAGGAUGUCACAGGCAAAUAUGGCCUUGGCUUCAGCACUGUCUUCCACUUCACUGACUGCCCAGCCUUCCUUACUGGAGACAGUGCCCUGUGUGUCUUUGAUCCCCAACUCUCCUACGUGCCUGGAGCCACAGUUGAGAGACCUGGUGGGAUGUUCGCUGUCAACCAUGAGUUCAAGAGGAACUUUCCAGACAUUUAUGACACCUUCCUACCCUCCCACUUUGACCUCAACAAGGGUGUCCUCUUCCGGCUGCCCCUCCGCACUGCAGCUGGGGCUACCAGUUCCAAGGUGUCUAACAUGGUCGUGCGGGACCAAGACCUCAUGGACAUAGAGAAACUCCUGGCUGAGGAAGGUGAGGACUUUGUGCUCUUCCUCCGGCACCUCCACACUGUGGUCUUCUCUGAGAUCCCCCCAGAUGGGGAGCAGGUGUUGGAGAAGCUGCGGGUGGCCACAGAGCUGACAGAUGGUGAUGCAAAGCUGAGACAGGGUUUUCAAGAGAGAUUGAGCCAGGCCAUGGAUGGGACCAGCCCCACCUCUGUCUCUUAUAUCAUGACAGUUGAAAACAGCAAGACCAGGGCCAGGACCAAGUGGAGUGUGAUCUCCCAAAUUGGGGUGCAGGAGGGGGCUGAGGAGUCUCCAGUGCUUGGGCGGCUGCCCUAUGGGGCUGUGGCUGCCUGCCUGAAGCCACGGGGCAAAGUCACGAGCAAAGCUUUCUGUACGCUCCCACUGCCGCUGACCACAGGGCUGCCUGUGCACAUCAAUGCCAACUUCUCUGUGAAUGCAGCCAGACGCAAUCUCCACGAGGACCCAGGCAGCAGAGAGACAGCCUGGAAUGGCUUCUUGCUCCGGUGCUUGGUGGUUCCACUAUACUGUGCCUUUCUCACCAGGCAGUGGAAAGUCCUGGGGCCUGAAGGGCUCCAGUUCAAGUCCCUGGAGGUCUGCCAGAAGCACCUGGACUCCCACUAUCUCCAGUUCUUCCCUGCUGUGACAGACGUGGUAUCUACCUUUCAGAACCUGGCAAGGGAUGUCUAUAGGCACCUCAGUCAUGCACGCCUGCCCCUGGUGCCUGUGUACCACAUGAAGUCCCCUGACAGCAGGGUGACAAUCACCUGGGCAUGUCCAGGUGGUGGGAAUGUGCUAACAGAGCCAUACUUCCUAGGCAAGAAGCUUGAGCCAGAUCUCCAGGAGGUGCUGCAGCACCUGAACAUGAACCUGGUGCCACCAUUCACCCACCUGCGGCAGAUGUAUGAGGCAUUCAUUAAAGCUGAUGUGAAGGCUGUUUCCUUUCAGCCAGCCUCUCUCCGGUGCUUCCUCAAGGACCUGGCACUCCGUGUGCCCUGCAUGCUGGCUGAGACACCCCUGAGGAACCCAAAGAACUGCUGCAUCCUCCUGAAAUAUUGCCUGCAGUCCCAGGAAGAACUGGAAGGACUGCCCUUGCUGGUCACACAAGAUGGCUGCCUGAAUGCCCUCAGCACCCAUCACCCAGUCUUCCAAAGCUCCUUUGCCAGCCUCUUUCCCCGCCACUGCCACCGCUUUGCCCACGAGUUAAUUCCUGCCUUGUCCCUGCCUUGUUUUGUGAAGGAGCUUGGCCUCCAGGAUGCCAUACCACUCAUCCAGGAGGCACUGGGUCAGCUGAACUGGACCACAAAGGAGGAGUGGCUCAAGGAGCUGUGGAAGUUCUUCAGCACUGUGGUCUGCACAGAGGAUGACAUGAAGUCAUUCAUGGGUCAGCUCCACGAUGUGGUGGUGCUGCCUGUUCAGAAGGGUGAGACAGGCUCAAAGCACCUACUGCCCCUAUCCUCCCUCCCCAAUGUUCUUUAUGAGUGUUACACGGAGGUGGCCAAGGUGCUGCACAAAUUGGGCAUCCCUGUGCUCCAGCAGUCACUGCUGCCUCUUAUCUUUGCCUACAAGUUCCUGAAGACAAGGACACUGCAGGUCACAAAGCCCAGGGAUGUGGUAGCCCAGCUGGCGGACGCCAGAGCUAAUCUCUGCUGGGGGGAGUUAAAAGAGGAAGAUGUGACAAUGCUGCUGUGCUUUGUGCAGGGAAAACUGGAUUCGUCAGCACUGCAGCAGCUCCAGCUCCUGCCUCUCUUCCAGAAUUAUGUUGGGGACUACGUAUCUGUGGCACCCUACCGCAAGGUGCUGUUGCUCAGCAGCUGCUUCCCAAAACUGCCCCCGGGUGCCCAAGACCUGUACAGACUGGAUAAGGACAUGUUGCUGCUCAGAGCAGACCACGUGCACCAGCAGCUGGCCAAGAACAUGUCCUGGAAGCUCACAGAUGACCAGCAGCUCUUCACGGAUGUGGUGCUGCCCCGGCUGUCCCAGCUCACAGUGCAACAGCUUAUGAAAGCUGUGCACUUGUUCUUUGCCCUGCAACCGACAUGUGAUGUUAAGUUCAAGGAAGAUGUUGUGGCAGCUUUUCAGACUGUGGCCUUUAUACUUGAUGCCCAUGGUGUGCCGCGCCUGGCCUCCUACUUCUACGACAACAUGGCCUCCUUCCACACUCUGCGGCUCCAAGACCGCUUUGUGCCUGAGUCUUUCUUUGUGAACCUAAAUUACAACUUGAAAGCUGCUAAGGACUUCCUGCUUCAGGCAGGUGUCCGCACCAGCCUCUCUGUGGAGGAUUUUGUGGCACUGGCCCAGGAGAUAGAGCAUGAAGCCACUCAGGCUGGGUGCCACACUGAAGACCUGCUGGUGCGACAGCAGGAGAUGCUCAAACAGCUUGGCACUGUGUUGGAAGAUCCCUUGUCAGAGCAUUUCCUGGAGCAAAUUGCCUCGAUCCGCUUCCUGCCUCCACUGGGCAUCCCCCCAAAUUUGAUGAAUCUCCACCCACCUUUUGCAGCCUGCACUAAGCCCGUGGCCCUGAAGGGCAGCGUUUACCACUGCCAAGAUGUGGCUGAGCUCCUGUGGACAUCAGCCACCAUCCUGCCAGAGUCCUUUGAAUACAAGCAGGACCGCCUGGAAGCCAUGGGAGUCCUUGUAGAGAUACCCACAGCCCUGGUGGUGGCCAACCUGGAGCAGGUGUGCAGGGCAACCUGCCAGACACCACAGCAGGUGAAUACACGGGCCAGUGUGCUCCAGAAGGUGUACAAGUUCUUGCAGACCCAUCUGGAGGAGGUGGAUGCAGGGCGCCUCGCUGAGCUGCCUGUGGUGCUGGCCAAGUCAGGGGACAUGGCAAUGCCACGGAAAGUGGUGACAUUACUCCCAGACGAGGCUGACUUUUACCCCUAUCUCCUCAUGCCUGACCCCCGUGUGGCUGUCUAUGGAGAGCUCCUGCAGCACCUUGGGGUGGCCCUGCUUCCCACACUGACUCACUACAGCCAUGUCCUGGCCCAAAUCCACCAGGAGAGCCACAUCAGUGGGACCCUCAAUACUAUCCAGAAGAAGACAGUCCUGCUGGCCACACGGCACUUCUUCCAGCUGCUGCGGGAGGCACCGGAGCCCCCUGAUUUCUCCACUGUGGCCGAGCUGUACUUGCUGAGCACUGAUGACUGCCUAGAGUCAUCUCACAGGCUAUACUUCAAUGACUGUGUGUCCUCAAGUACCUCUAGGGCCUUGAGGAAAACCUUUGUGUUUAUGGCUGAACUGCCGGGGACUGGGUGUAAUGCCUGGUGGCUGCUGCAAAUGCUACCGCAGCGCCUGCGGCCACGGGCACUCUCAGAGGUUUCAGAGCAGCAGCUGGAGGAAGGCAGUCUGCAGCCAUGUCGCUACGGUUCUCAAUGCCCUGGACAGAGGCGUCUGCAGACCCUCCUGGUAUCACAAUGGUUUAGGAUGGGGCUGGAGGCCCUGCUCCAGUGGCAGAGCCACAGGGCUGUGAUGAGAAUGGAGGAGGUUGGUGGCUUUGCAGGGGAGCAGCUGAAAGUGCAGUGCUGUCAGGACAUCCGCACUGUGCUGGUCCACUGUGGUGCAAAGGUGGAGGGCAGCUCCCAGCCACGGGUUACCCAUGUGUGCCCGGCUGGUGGUGGCCAGCGGCUCCUCUACAUCCGGCAUGCAGAGCUCGUGCUGGACCGGCACCACCUGAGGGUCCUGGAGACGCUAGCACAGGAGAUCAAUAUCAUCCUGGGUAGACAGCUGGAGGCACCCACCUUGUCAGUGCUGCGUGAAAUGCUGGUCUGCCAGGAGCCACGGGACGUGGCCUUUGUUCUGGAGGAGAAUGAUGUGGCACUGGUGGGUGCUGCACCAGAGCCAGAGGACGUCAUGGCACCAGAGCUGAAGAGGCUGCAGGAGGAGGCUGUGGUAGAGGGGAAGCCAUGGAAGAACUGGCACAGCCUAAAGCCAGAGGUGACUGAUCAUGAGGAUCACAGCCUGGCAACUUCACGGCAGCUGUGUGCUGUCAAGCGACCAAAGGUGUUGCGGGACCUCUGCCUCCAGUACAACCCUGUGAGCGCUGCCCAGCACCACUGCUGGGGACAGAAAGGCCGUAGCUCCUCGUGCUGCAAAGAGGAGGCCAUGGCCCUGACUCCAUCCAUUCCAGAGGCUGAGAGGUGGCUGCAGCAGGCAAAGAGUGACCUGCAGGCAGCCCACAAUGACAUCAGGUGCUGCUGCCCCAACUGGGUCCUCUUCAAGGUGCACCAGGCCCUGGAGAAGGCACUGGUGGCUGCUGCACUUUGCCAUGAUGAUGCCUUUGAAGCCCCAGUGGCACUGGUGGGACUGGCCCAAUGGCUGGAGGCAGUGGAGCCAAAGCUGAGGGGCCUGGCAGAGGAGGUGGAGUGGUUGCAUGGCUGUGGCGUGGAUGGCAUGGCCACACAGUACCCAAGUUACCACCCCUCCCCCAUGACACCCAACGAGGCCUUCCAAAGUGUGGAUGAGGAGGAGGUACUGAAGCGGGUCCAAGGAGUGCUGGGGAGGCUGCAGGACCACGUGGGAAGAAUGUGA